UAUACGUUGUAUUCCGCCGCGGUCGUCGUACACGAAAGGUCGCGCAUUCAUCGGCCACUGACUGCGAGCUCGAGCUGCGCUCGGCAAAAAGGAUUUAAAAGCUUGCUCAAACACACGAACUGGCACAGUGUCGUUGACCACGCUACUCUUCGAACGCAUAAGUUCACUAGUCGACACCAAGCACAGUCUUACUGCCGUAUCGUCUAGAAGAUCGAGGUCAAAAUUGCCAUAUCUGUUUCUAUUACUUAUCAAUAUGAGGCCCAAAAUGUUGACAAUACAAUGUGGAAUAAUGGUGAUUUUGCUCACGCUACAAGACGUGCACUCAUUUCGCUGGCUGGGAAUAAACAGUACGGAGGUAAAUCAAUCGCAAGUUGAAGAUCUCCGUCGUUACCUGUGUUCGUCAUCACCGCGUGCAAGCAGGAAUAAACUUUUGGACAAGGAACAGAAAAAAAUUUGCAGAAAAAAGAUCAGAAUGAUGAAAUAUGUCGUCAUCGCUGCCGAACUUGCGAAGACCGAAUGCUUGCGCUUGACAAAGUACGAAAGAUGGGAUUGCAAGGCAGUACUCCAGUUACCAAAGUUCUCAAAAGACCUGCGAGCUGGUACAAGAGAAGCAGCGUUUUUGCAUGCCCUCUCAUCGGCAGCACUUGUCUUUGCCAUAACUCAAGGUUGCACGACAGAUGGUGUGUGCGAUUGUGGAAGGGAGCCCGGUCUAUCCUUGCUUCAAAGCUACAGACGCAAGCAUGGCAGUGACCGGUACACGUAUGCCUGGCGUGGCUGUCAUGACAACAUUGCUAUUGCUACACGAUUCAGUAAAGACUUUCUCGAUCGCCGCGAAGUAAAGAAAACAAAAUCUGUUCCAAGAAAAGUUUUAAAUUUACAUAACAAUGACCUAGGACGCAAGGUUGUUCGUGAUAGUCUGGUUCUGGACUGUAAGUGCCAUGGCAUAACGGCACAAUGCACAAAACGUUACUGCAGGCGCAUUUUGACGAUAGAAUUUCCCAAGGUGUCGAAAAAGAUCUUUGCCGCGUAUAAAAAUGCCAUGCAGGUGAAACUGAAGAAAACUAGCAGCACCAAGAUGGAGCUCAUCCCAAAACGGAAGAAAUUCCGCAGACCUGGUGAGCUCGCAAAAUCCAUGACAUAUCUCUACAGAUCCAGGGACUUUUGCUCAUACGAUAGGCGCAACAAGUUGCCCGGAACAAGCGGUCGUACUUGCGGGCACAAGUACGAAUACCCAAGCUCACAAACGUCAUCAAAGCGGGCCAUCGUCGACAGAUUGCUGGUAAGCAAAUGCAAAAUGUUGUGCUGCGGACGCGGGCACCAGACGGUAUUGGAAAAUGUCAAGAUAAAAUGUCGUUGCAAGUUCGACUUCAGAAUUAUGGAUGUGCGAUGCAAGACAUGUACAGCACGAAAAAACACGUACGUAUGCAAUUAAUGGAAUGACAACACACGCUGAUUGGUCGUAAUUUCUGAUGACCAUCGGCGCAAAUGCACUGUACUCAAAAAAUGGACACGAGCAAACAAUACAUACGAGCGUAUCAUUUUAUCCGUUUGACAAAGUGUUGCAGUUACAUAGAUUGGGGAAAGACAAAAACUUCAAAGCACUAUUCUUCCUUCGCGAACGCAACCCAAUAAGUCUAUUACUUAAGUCUAUUACGAGGUAAAUUUUAUUGCAUAAGGUAUCAUAGCAAAAUAUAUAACGCAGCACAUUUCAAAAAGAAUAAAUUUUAAUAUUUAACGCAUGUCGUGCGCUUUAGAAGAAUAAAACGGCACAAAGUAUUCGGGAGAAUGUAGAUAGAAUCAAAGUUUAUGAAAAAUCAAUGGAUAAUACUGUGUGCUCAACAGGGUGCAGCUAUGUAAAAAAGAUCUUUUGAAAUUGACUUGUUGUACAAAGGCAACCACGGGCCACGAAAUUGUCAGCUGCAUGCAUGCAUGUUAAAAUCUUUGUCACAUGCACAAGAGCUUUUCGGCACUUGGGAAUUUAAAACAACUUCUACCUGUAAAAUCCGUAUAAUGAUGCACCAUUCGCUUUUACACCCCGAUCGAGCUGGAAGUAAGCAAUUUUUCUAUUUAGUAUAACCCAAUUGUUGAAUUUUACGAACGUGCCAUUAAAUACACAAUUUUCUUCAAAAAUGUUGCACUAGUUAUCCUUAUUUAAAGGCUGCUGCCAGCAAUAAGACUGAUAUGAUAUUAUUUUGUAUCAGACCAUCAACUUGGCUGAAUUGCAAGUCAAGAAUAUGACAUUCAUUCCUUUGCAAUCAAAAUGAAGCGUUUACCUUUGUUUACCUUAGAAAAUAUAGAUGUUUUUACAAAUAUGUCGUUUUGGACUACAAAAGCUUGGAUCUUAUCGUCUUUGCAAGAUGAUAACACUUUGUGAAAAUUUCGGCAAACUUUUGCUUUAAACGUGAAUUAUUAGUAAAAUAACAUUCUCGUGCAAUACUAUUCCAUAUUGAUUUUGUGAAAGUAUCUUGCUGGGAAGUUACACAUGCGUAGUGAAAAAACACGCCACAGUUUUAGCCGGAGUGGGCCUUCUGUUGGAUGUCUAUACUGUGUUUAUGCUGAACUGGUGAAUGUGGCAGUUUAUAUUUUAGUUGGCAAAAAGUUACAAAGGGAAACUGGGUAUAUCAGCUAUGAUUUUCUCAAGUUAGUCCCAAACAAUGAUAUGGUAAUCGAAGAGAGAUUUUUGGUACUUACAUUCACAAUACUAUAUUCCGGUCUUUGAUUAUAAAUAGUAGUUUAAUGGACACUCGACAUGAAUCCGCUGAUUUAUAAGAUUUUUCUGGGUGUUAAUGAGUAAAAGUGCUGUUUAUUCACCUUUCAAGACUUCCAGCAUCAGUUCAAUCUUUAAAAAAAUGGUGACAAAAGCGUCGAGCCAGUAAAAACAUUGCUUUCGUCGGCCGCGAAGCAUGCCAAUUUUUUCUAUUGCAAUGCAAAUACUAAUCUGUGCAACCUCUGGAAAACAAUGAAUGGAAUAAAUUUUCUAAAGAAACCAACAGAAAAUUUUUGUUGAAAAUUUUGCAUGGUAGGAGAAAAAUUCGUGCUGGUUUUGCCAGCCCUGGCCCUCGAUGAAUUAAUUUCACAGAAUACCUUGUGCAAAAUAAAACAUCGACAUGAGCACACCAGAAAAAAUUAAUGACCGAUAAAAUUAUCCAAGUGCGGCGGGAUAGGUUUUUUACCAACAUCUCACACUUUUAAAAAACUUCCAACACAUUUUCAUUAGAUCCUGUACUUGGAAGGCUUUUCCAAGAUUCAAAUAUUUUUCUGGCGAACGGAAAACGGUAUUCUUCACUUGCAACCAUUCUCUUGAGAUUUACCAAACAAUGUUGCUCGCCCACGUCGGCUGGUGCCAACAAUAGCACUGAUAAAAUAUUCUUUUGUAUCAUACCACCAACAUGGCUGAAUUGCAACUCAAGAAUACUGGCAUCAAGAAUCACAAUCGCUGCUGGUACAAGAAAAUACUACUUUUGUUUACCUUAAUCUAAUCAUUUGACGCUUAAUACUUUUUCUCAAAUAUAUGUUAAAAACAUUUCACACGUCAGCAAUUUCAGCAUGUUCAAUUUAGUAAAUAAAUAUAAUAUGACCACAAUAACGAUAUAUGCAACGUUGA